AUGACAUCUCCAUUCUAUGUUCCAGUCUCACUCGAUCAUACCGCCCUUCUUCUCUCGGACGUUCAAUCUCAAAUCCUCCGACGUUUCUCUCAACAAGAGCAGGCCGUUUAUCUCAGCAAAAUCCAGAAACUUCUCAACUUCUUCCGCUCGGAGAUUAAAUUUCGCCGUGCCUCAACCAAGCCAAAGGAUUCUCAGUCUCUCUACGACGAUGUACCUAUGAUCAUCCACCAUACACUUCCCUUCAACAUUAACUCAAAUGCAUUCGUGUCGCCAUAUAACAAGCUCGCAGGCUGGGUAGCAAAGCUCGAAGCAAGUGGUGCAUUUGUCAACGCGCCUUCUGAUCCCCAUCGUCCUCACUAUGGUGUUCCGGCUGAGCUAGUGCCUCCCAGGGGUUGGGGCGGAAAAGAUGAAAUUUUGCUUGGUAAACUACAGCCAAAUUGUUUUGGGUCCUCGGAUUUGUUGGCUUAUCUACGGGCUCGCGGGGUUAGGCAUGUUGUGUUGGUUGGGUUGACGACUAUGGGGAGCAUACUGAGCAGCGCAAGGGCUGGUGCGGAGUUGGACUUUCAUGUUGUCUGUGUUGAGGAUGGGAUUAUUGAUGAUGACCCUGAGGUUCAUGAGUUCAUCAUGAAGCGUAUUCUACCUAAAUUUGUUGACGUUGCCGCAGUCAAGGAUAUCGUGAGCCUUGGAAAGGAAAAGUCGAUGGGCUAA